UCCAAAUAUUUGUCUUUUACGUGAAUCAUACAAGAUUUAAUUUGCCGUUGUUUUCGACUAAUUAGGCAAGGAUUAAUGUGAGAGAAUCACUUCAAAGAACAAAUAAACUGAGGUCUAUAAAUACCCAAGAAAUUCCAAUUAACUUAUUCAUUCCAAAAAUUAUUAAGAGUAUUAGAUUUAAGUGUAAAACCCUAAAUUAUGGCUUUUAUGUUCAAUUGGAGACUCAAUUUUGCUAUUCUACUAGUGUUGGGAUUGUGUGUUUCUCUAGUCACAUCUCGCACUUUGUACGAAGCAUCAAUUACUGAAAAGCACGAGCAAUGGAUGACUCAAUAUGGACGCGCAUACACAGAUGAUACAGAAAAGGCAGAGAGGCUUGAGACGUUCAAACAAAAUCUCGAGUAUAUUGAAUCAAUCAAUAAGGAUGUAACACGAACUUAUAAAUUGGGUAUCAAUCAAUUUGCUGAUAUGACUAACGAGGAAUUCAAAGCCAUUCGUAAUGGAUACAGAAUAUCGUCUCAGCAGAAAAUAAAAACUACAUUUUUCCAGUAUGAUAAUGUGACAGUUCCAUAUAGUAUGGAUUGGAGAAAAAAAGGUGCAGUUACAAAGAUUAAAGAUCAAGGGCAAUGUGGAUGUUGUUGGGCAUUUUCUGCUGUGGCUGCUAUAGAAGGAAUUAACAAGAUCAAAACAGGCAAAUUAAUUUCAUUAUCCGAACAAGAACUCGUUGAUUGUGACACAAAUUCAAAUCAGGGAUGUGAAGGAGGUCUUAUGGAUGAUGCAUUUAAGUACAUUAUUAAAAAUCAUGGACUUACUUCAGAAUCUAAUUAUCCAUAUAAAGGAAUUGAUGGCACUUGUAAAACUGAAAAAGAAUCGAAUCAUGUCGCGAAAAUUCGUGGUUACAAAGAUGUUCCAGAAAAUAGUGAAUCGGCUUUGCUUAAAGCUGUCGCGAAUCAACCUGUAUCUGUCGCGAUUGAUGCUAGUGGAUCGGACUUUCAGUUCUACUCGAGUGGUAUUUUUACUGGAAAAUGUGGAACUGAAUUAGACCAUGGUGUUACAGCAGUUGGUUAUGGUGCAACUAAAGAUGGUACAAAAUAUUGGAUUGUGAAGAAUUCAUGGGGUGUUAGUUGGGGUGAAAAUGGAUAUAUUAGAAUGAAAAGAAACAUUGUUGCUAAAACAGGACUUUGUGGAAUUGCUAUGAAAGCUUCUUAUCCAAUUGCUUGAAAUUCUUACAAGUUUGAUCAGGUUGUAGUGCUUUAAGCUAAGACAAUUAUUUGAUUUUGAUUAUUAUUAUUAUUCAUUUGCAAAUGUGAUGUUGGAUUUUGUUCAAUGUAAAGAGGAUUCUAACACUGAGAAAUUAAAUGCAUUGUCCUUGCACGUUCCAGUAGCUUUAGUGCA